AUGAUGAUAUUUCAUCUUACCAUUUUAUCAGUUUAUUUGCUGAGAAUAUUAUCGACGGACUUUUUGGCAACACUUGAUUGUAAACCAGGAUUAGAUACAAAGAAGGCAAAUCCUUCUGAUAACAGAUCAUACUUUCAUUGUAGUGCUGAUGGGCUACUUUCGAAGCGCAAUUGUCCGAAUGAUAAAAGAUUUAAUGCAACAUUAUUGGAAUGUUUAGAUGAAGCACAACCAAUAAAUUACAUUGAUCCAUUACUAUUACCUCAAUUUCAAGCACCUGAUGAUCUUUGUGAUGGUGGCAUACCAAUGACUCGUUUAAGUUCUCCAGUUAUUUGUAAUCCAUCAAUUAUUAGUUGUCCAGAUGGAUAUGUUUGUAAACCAUAUGGAAAAACAGGCGCUGCAUAUUGUUGUCAAGGUGGAAGUGAAAUGAUAGAAGCUAAUGAUGAAGACUAUUGUCCAGACAAUCAAGUGACUUAUUUUGAGAUAACGAAUGGAAAACCUCGUAGUUGCUCAUUAUCUUACGGUAUUUUAUGUCCUAUAGGUUUCACGUGUACCGUCGUACGUCAUAUUGUCGUCUCAGAUAAAUCAAUAUCGCGUUGUUGUGGUAAAAAUUUCGGUUGUCCACAAAAUUCCGCUGCACAAAUUAAUCCAAUUACUGAUUCUUAUGUUUCAUGUUCCAUUACAUCAGUCAAUUCAUGUCAAAAUGGCUUUGCAUGCGUUCGAAGUAGCACUUUUGAUACAUCAAUUUGUUGCUCAGAAACAAAUUCAGUAUUAGAUGAUUUCUGUCCAGUUGGUAAACCUUUAAAUGAUGGAACAACGGAAUGCUCUGAGAAAUUACUAUGUCCUAAUGGAUACGUUUGUGUUACAAAUGAAAAUAAAAAUUACUGUUGUCCAUCACAUGAGCAUGUUUGCAUGUUACCACGUGAAAUUGGCAGUUGUUGGAGUAAAAAAAAUAAAUUAUCCGUUACAAGGUAUUAUUUUGAUACUAAAACAGGCACUUGUCGAUCAUUCAAUUAUAGCGGUUGUGGCGGUAACGAUAAUAAUUUUCGUACAUUGGAUCAAUGUGAUGGAUUUUGUCUUGCUCAGCAAUGCGAAAUCGGAAUAGCAUAUCGUACAGAUGCUUUAAAUAUUGCAUGCUCACCAUAUAUGCCAAAUACAUGUCCCAAACAGUUUACAUGCCGUGAACCACUUUUUGGACCAGUAUCUAUAUGCUGUCCUAAUCCAGAGGCAGUAUGUAAAGAAAUGCCAUCUGCUGGAACAAAUUGUUUCGGUCAACGAAUAGCCAUUCAGCGAUACUAUUUUGAUCAAACAGUGCAACAAUGUCGUUCUUUUGAAUAUUUCGGUUGUUCUGGAAAUAAUAACAAUUUUCGUAGCAAAAUGGAUUGUGAAAAUUUUUGUUUAGCUAAUUAUGAUAAAGUAUGUGGCGGUAUCGCUCCAUUAGAAGAUCCAAGUGGACAUUUGCAGAAAUGUUCAUCAUUUAUGGCAUGUCCAUCUGGUUAUCAUUGCAAUGACAAACAAUAUUGUUGCCCGACAUCUGAAUAUGCAUGUACAGUACCAAUGAGUAGUGGACAUACAUGCGCAAAUAGUAUGCAAUAUACCGCAUGGUAUUAUAAUGCAAUUACUAAAAAUUGCAUGCAAUUUAUGUAUUUAGGUUGUGAUGGCACAGCAAAUCGUUUUACAAGCCAACAAGCAUGUAUGAUACAUUGUACUAAUAGUUCUACCAAAAUUGGCCAAUGUCCAUUAGGCAUGUCACCAUAUGUAGCUGAUGAAAAUAAAUUACCUAAGAUAUGUAAAUUAAAUGUUAUUGGUUCAUGUCCGGCAUUAUCAUCAUGUGUUCCAUCAACAACAAAUAUUCCGAUUUGUUGUAAAACUAGUGCAAUAUGUCCUAAUCAACGAUUACCGUAUACCAUUCCAGGCUCCGAUUCAACAGUAAAUUGUCAACCGGAUAGAGAAAAUUGUCCAUCGUUAUCAGAAUGUAUGGAAAGCUCAGUAAAAGGCUUUUAUAUGUGUUGCUUAAAAUCUAGCAGUAAAUCAUUGGAUAUAAAUUCAAAUUUGGAUAUUGAUUGUCCGGAAAAUCUUCCAACAAACGGUCAACAAUGUCAAAUAAAUGACGAUAAUGAUGACAUAUGUCCUAAAGGAUACAUAUGCUUGAAUCGUUUUCCGUCAUCGAAUGGUUUAUGCUGUAAAACAAAACCAGUAUGCCUGAAAGGACGAACACAUUAUCUUUCAGAAGAAAAGGCGCAAAUUUGUGGUCCCAAAUUGGAUUCAUGUCCCAAAAAUACAACAUGUUUGGUGUCAUCUGUACCUACUGUUAGUAUAUGUUGUAAAUUUGCUUCACUUCCGGUUGCAGCAUCAAAAUUCAUGCGAUCAAAUCUGAUCACACCAUUAUGCUCAAAUGGUCGAGCACCAUUUUAUGAUCCUGGUUCACGAACACCGCGGCAAUGCUUAACAUCACGACGUGGUCAAUGUCCUAGCAAAUUUAUUUGUCAAGUAGCUAAAUCAGGUGGCUUAUAUUAUUGCUGCCCUGUUUCACCACUUGAAUGUAUUAAUGGACGUAAAGCUUAUUUAGUACCUGGUUCAACAAUUCCACAAAUAUGUAGCUUAAAUUUCAAUAGCUGUCCAUCAGGUUACAGUUGUCAUCCAUCUGCAGAUGGCUCGACCUCAUACUGUUGCUUAGAUGUUGCAUCAGAAGCACAAUGUCCAAAUGAUGCGUCGCCUUAUCUCUAUGCUAAUCGUCCAUUAGCAUGUCCAGCUGGAUCAAAUCGUUGUCCAACCGGAUACGGUUGUAUCAGGUCAACAAUUUAUACAGUACAUCUCUGUUGUUCCGUAUCAUUUUCACCGAUACCAAUGUGUACUAAUGGAAUUGCAUAUAUUGAACCAAUAACAAGUGAACCACAAACUUGUUUACCAAUGUUAAACAAUUGUCCACCUGGUUAUCAAUGUCAAGAAAGUUCAAUGCUUGGUCAUUAUUUAUGCUGCACAUCAGGGCAUUUAAAUACUCGUUAUGCUGGAUAUUGUCCAAUGGGUCAAAUACCGUAUGUUCGAUAUGCAAAUGAGGAACCACAAACUUGUCACAUGGCUUUACAACCAUGUCCUACGGUCGCUCAAUAUAUGUGUAUCUAUAGUGCCGAAAAGAUGAACUCGUACUGUUGCGCUCCGAUUGAUACCGCUUACAUUGGUCAAGCGGAAAUUUCAUUACACAAACAGCAUACGUCAACAGCAGAAGAUCGAUCUGGAUGUCCUAUAGGAUCACAACCAUUAAUGGAUCAGUGGAAUCAAAUUCAAGGUUGUAAUCCAGGGAUGUGUCCACAGAUGCAUUCGUGUCAUUUUUCAAUUCAAUACAAUCGUUAUCAGUGCUGUUUAAGCAUGUCCUAUAGUUUACCGAUGACAUUUGCAAUAGCUGCUGAUAAUGCUGAAAGCUCAGAAUGUCAACCAGGAUUGGCACGAAUGAAGAACGGUCGAUGCAUGCGAUUGCUAUAUAUUGGUCAAAAAGGUUGUACAGAAAAUGACCAAUGCUCAAUGCGUGUCGCUGAAGCACGAUGUGAACAAAAUUAUUGCGUAUGCCCACGAAAUAAAUUAAUCCAUCAAUCGAAAUGUGUAACACAUUGUCCCGAUGGUUUUAUUGAUAUAGCAGGAAGAUGUCGUGAUUUAACAACAAUAGUCUUUAUGGAUUCGGUAGAUGACCGUAUCAAUGGUACUAUUGGUGGUUUUUGCAAAAAUACUGUUAUUGUAGAGGAACAAUGUGAUGUAAACAAUUCAUACUGUAAUGAAAUUUCAAUUACGUGUCAAUGUAAACCAGGUUAUGAACUAAAACUUGAUGAAAUGAUCAAACAAGAUGAUACAGGUUCAUGCGUUAAAAUGGAAAAGAGUAAAUUUACAAAUCAAACAUCAACAUUUGAUGAAACAAAUUUGAUCGAUUUUUUUAUUACGGAACAUAAUACGGUCGAGAAUGAUACAUUUCCGAUAUUGAAAAGCACAUCGUUCAAAGACGAUUCGGAAGACUUGGAACGAUAUUUAUUUCAAAUUGAUGAACACGAUGUACCUAAUAUAUGA